CGCUGGUCAGUCAGCCACCAGACUUAUCCCAGCAUUCGACGGCGGCGGAGACGAGUUCGUGUUUGUAUUUCGCGUCGAAUCGACACAAGUGCAUUGUUUUCCGUAAAAUAAGACUGUGCUUUCAGUAGUCAAGCAGCUGUAACUAUCCCAAUGAAAUGUGUAAUUUUCAUUAGAUAUAGAUUGUGAAAACGUGAUGAAGUGCUCUAUUAAUUGAGGUGUGCAUUAUUGUAACACAGUGGAGACUUGCGAAAUUAUCACUCUUUGUAACAGAAGAUACGGAUAACCGCCUACGGCAGCUUUGGGAUCUACGGAUCUGUGUACGUUAUAGUAAUGUGAAGGCUAAUCUACUGUCUAAAUAACCUAACUAAACUAUGUUGGGACCACUCCGCAAAAGUGCAAAAGUGUCAUAUUUCGAGUGAAAACCUUCCAAAAGUGGCAGCAUCGAAUGCCAUUGUGAAGCAACACAACAGAAGCUAUGCUAUGCAUGCUGUGCUGUCUUUUAGAGACAUGCUGAGAGCAGCAAAUGGAUAGCAACGCUCACCAUAACGAACGGCUAAUGGAGUGAAGUGAAUUCGAAUUUAGAAGAUUCGUACCAUCAACAUUAAGCCAGUAAUUCGUUAGUGCAAAAGGUUUGACAGUUGAAGAUAUAUCAGUGUAAUUUUCGAGAUGGUAAAAUCAAUUCAGUAAAAAAGUGAAAUCUUCUGAAAGUAACGAAAAGUGUAACAAGUACUAGUGAUAAUAAGUGCCAAGAAAAUUGCCAAAUCCAAAUAAAUAUCAUUAUGUUCAUACAUUAUGUGGUAAUUUAAUAAAGCAACCAAAAAAGUCUGAUUCAAACGUCAUACCUAGAAAACCAAACUGUAUCGAGUGCUUCCAAAAUGACCUUGCCGGAGACGUUGAAUCCAAGCCCGGAGGUGGUGGACACACUGCGGCAGAAGUUCAAACAUAAGAUGGAGACGGAUGCUGCGAAAAUCCCCGCCGGUGGAUUCCAUGAGAAUGAUAUAAACAAAAUAUUCGACAACGAUGUUUGGCUUACCAAAUUCUUGGAAAACAACGUACUUGACAUGAAGGAGUCGCUGAAACAGCUGUGGGAUACUUGCGUGUGGCGGAAAACGGCACAGAUAAACGAAAUCUGUGAAGACAACAUCCGCAUGGACUACGUCUGCGACGGCAUAAUGUUUCCCAGAGGGAAAGACAUUGAUGGCAAAACGCUUUUCAUCUAUCGCUCUAGACUGUACACACGCGGGUCCCGAAAUCUGAGCGACAUGAAGCGUAUGUUUCUAUACUGGCUAGAGCGCUUGAUUCGCGAAUCAAAUGACGACUACAUAACUAUCAUGUUCGAGCUUACCGACGCAGGGUUAAGCAAUGUAGACAUGGAGUAUACCAAGUAUAUCAUCGGUACACUGAAGAACUACUAUCCGUUCUCAUUGAACUAUAUCCUAGUAUACGAUCUGCCAUGGAUACUUAACGCAACAUUCCUACUAAUCAAAAAACUGUUACCUGCAAACGCUAUAGAUAGGCUGAAAAACAUAAACAAUAAGACAAUCAGAGAAUAUGUCCAGGAAGACAGCUUACUUGUGCCAUGGGGAGGAACCGAUGAUUACGAAUUCGAAUUCAUUGCGGAACAGAAAAUUUCUCAGGUGCCGUUAGUGAAUAAUAAUUCCAUUCUUCACAACAACAAUAUCAACAACAUCAAAAAGGUUCAUUUCGCCAAUCUCAGUCCGCCGGAUUCUCCGAUGAACGAGUCGUCUAACUCCAAUUUCGAGAACGUAGACGGCGAGAUGUUACGAAUAUUUCCUCAAACCACAAUCGCUUUCACCAAAUCCGGCAGUGAGCUGCAAGGCAAUGUGGAAAUUACCAACAUUGAGGCGAAACCUGUCACAUAUAAAAUUAAAACUACUGCACCGGAAAAAUUUCGUGUUCGGCCUAGCAGCGGAAUGCUAAUACCAGGUGAAACUGCUACUAUUAGUGUGGUACUCCAACAAGGCCAACAGAUUAACACAAUUAGCCGGGAAAAAUUUUUGGUCAUGUGUAUGGCGUUGAAUAACGAAACAUCCAAAACGCAGGACUUGGCUGAGCUCUGGAAGAACACCCCGGUGAGCAGUGCAUCGGUGGAGCAACACCGUCUUAGAUGUGCACUUCCCGCUAAUCUUGACGAUGGUACUAUGCGCAACGGAAUGCCUCCGUUCGGUAGCGGUGGAGCAGGUGGCGGUGACAUGUACGGUGCUGGCGUCGGCAGUGUCACUUACAGUGGUGAUAAACAAUUUUCGCAUUUUCAACAAACGGUUUCGCAGCUGAACGAUGCGACUCAUCGGCUGGAAUCGCAGGUCAAAUUCAACCAAACACUCCAAUGGAUUUCACUGGUGCUGUUUUUGUUGCUUUCCGUUGCCAUUGUAUACAUCUUGAAAGCAGAAAUCAAGAACACUGCUUCGGAGUAUUGUUUGAAGCAUUAGGAUGACAUAACUAUUGCGUUACGCGUGGUUAUCGAAAUGAUGUGGGUAGAUUACAAUAUAUGUUCUACGAAAAUUUAUUUUCGUCGACUUAGAGCAUCCAUUAGGUUGUAUCCAAUUAUCCACAUUUACAACUUCUUGAUAUUUUUCAUUUAUUAAUUUUUGUUGUCUUUUGGCUAAGCGCAUAAUUUAAUGAAACGUAAUGUCUAGUUACGGAUAGGUAGUAAGGCCAGGUGAAAUUUUUUGUACAAAAUUUAUGAAUGGUUUUUAAUUUAAAAUAUGUUAGCAGUAAUGUAAUUAAUUGUGUAGAACUAAUAUAUUAUAUUACAAGGAUUAAACGUUUUUCUUUUGUUCUGAACAUGUA